CAAAAUGCUGAAGAAUGUGUUGCGACGCGGUGCACUGCGUCUGGUGCGUCAACGCGCAUCGUAUGCGACCAGUGCUCUCACCCCCCAGCAAAAGCAGAUUGUCAAGGCAACAAUCCCAGCGCUCGAACAGCACGGCGUCACGAUAACGACUCUCUUCUACAAAGAGAUGCUGGAGAGGCACCCUGAGCUGAAUAAUAUCUUCAACUCCUCGCACCAAGCGACCGGCGUGCAGCCUGCCGCUCUUGCUCAUGCUGUCUGGGCCUAUGCUAGUAACAUUGAUCACCCCGAGGCUCUUGCUACUGCAGUCUCGCGCAUUGGCCAUAAACAUGCCAGUCUGGGUGUCCGCUCGGAGCACUAUCCGAUCGUCGGCGAGCAUCUGCUGCGGGCUAUCAAGAAGGUGCUGGGCGAUGCCGUGACACCGCCGGUCGCGGACGCCUGGACUGCAGCAUACCAGCAGCUCGCAGACAUUUUCAUUUCUUUUGAAGACGACCUCUACAAGCAGGCGACCCAGACCCCCGGAGGGUGGACGGGGUGGCGCAAGUUCGUCAUCGCCGACAAGGUGCACGAGAGCGAGGAGAUCAUCUCCUUCCAGCUUGUUCCCCAAGAUAAUGGUCGCCUCCCGACGUAUAAACCAGGCCAGUUUGUGAGCGUGCGCUGCUUUGUUCCAGAACUCGGCGUCUACCAGCCGCGACAGUACAGUCUGUCUGAUAUUCCAAAUCAACGGUACUUCCAGAUCUCCGUUAAAAAGGAGUUUGCGUCCGGUGCUCGUCCUGCCGGUCGUAUUUCCAAUGUUCUACAUGAAUCGCUCCCCAAGGGCUCUGAAGUCGAGAUCAGCAUGCCCUUUGGUGAUUUUGUGCUCGAUACCAAUGCCACCACUCCAGUUGUUCUGAUGAGUGGUGGUGUCGGCUUAACACCGAUGAUGUCCAUGCUAAAGACCGUUACCAACAAUUCCAAAUCGCGACCGGCCGUAUUCGUGCACGCGGUGCGCAACGGACGCGUCCACGCGAUGAAGGAGACGCUAGCCAAUAUCAUGACUGACAAUCCACAGGUGAAGAGGGCCAUCUUCUAUGAGCAGGUGGAGGAAGGCGACAAGCAAGGUGUGGACUAUGACUAUGUUGGACGUGUCGAUGUAUCUAAGAUCAAAGACCUGGUGUUCUUGCCGGACGCAGACUACUACAUCUGCGGCCCAUCGCCGUUCAUGAAGGCGCAGAGUGAGGCGCUGGAGACAUUGGGAGUUCGCCCUGAUCGCAUCCAUAUGGAAGUCUUUGGGUCGCCGACUCCAUAA